GGCUUGAUCGGUUUUGGAGGGGUGGCGUAAAUUGCGUUUCCAAGGCACAUUAUGCUCAAGUAGAACAUAAUUAGUCCAUAUAGAUACACUUACUGAAAUGGAGGUUAAAGAAGCAGAGAUGAUAGUUAUAGCUAAACCAGUAGGUUCAAGGCCUACCUGCUCCAGUUUUAAGUCCUUCUCAGAGCUCCUCGCAGGGGCUAUUAAUGCUUCACCACCUAUUGUCUGUUCCAAAAACAUAGUGCCUGCGAUUUGGCCGAAGACGGUGAGGUUCAAGCCGGUUGUCAAUCGUGCUCCAUCUGCCACAGUUUCUUCCCAGGCAGAACAGUCCGGGAUAGGCAUUUCGAUCUCAUCAGAUAAGGUUUUAAAAUCCGAUGUCAAAUCUACCACGACGGUGUACAAACCACAGGCAAAGCUUGUAUCAAAGACUACUGUUUCUCUAUUAGCAAACAUGGGAAACUUCGGUGCUAGCAAUGAACUAACAGUGCAAUCAAUAGAGGUACCAGCUAGACCAGAACUUAAUCGAAAUACUUCUUCACAUACAGAAACAGAUCAGACAAGUGAACCCUCAAAGGUGGGAUCUCAGAACAUGGAGGACCCCAAAGUAUUACCUGUGGUAGCGAACAGCGAUCGACCUUCUUACGACGGCUAUAAUUGGAGGAAAUAUGGACAAAAACAAGUUAAAGGAGGUGAAUAUCCGCGUAGCUACUAUAAGUGUACGCAUCCGAAUUGUCCAGUGAAGAAGAAAGUUGAAAGAUCACUUGACGGACAAAUAGCUGAAAUUGUUUACAAGGGUGAACAUAACCAUUCAAAGCCUCAGCCUGCGAAACGAAACUCGCCUCAAGGGGUGGGAUUUAGUUCUGAUGGAACCAGUCAAGAUGCCAACAACAUCCCCUUGUGGAGUAAUAAUUAUAGUGAAAGGAACGAAGGUUCCGAGAGUAGAGUUGAAAAUCGUAAUGAAGUUGGGUUGUAUAUUCCUCCGGCUUAUCAAGGAAAAGCUCCACUACCUUACGAAUAUGUUAUGACCGGAGCUGUUAAUGCCGGUGGAACUUUCGAGACUUCGGUUGGACUAAGCGGGGAAUGCGAGGAAGGAAACAAAGAUGGAGCAGAUGACGAAUCUAGAAGUAAAAGAAGGAGAAAUGAGAAUCAAUCAAGUGAAGUGGGCACCUUAGGGGAAUGCAUACAAGAACCUCGUGUUGAAGUGCACAGUUGUACUGAUUCCAAGAUCAUCGGAGACGGCUUUCGAUGGAGAAAAUAUGGGCAGAAAGUGGUGAAGGGAAAUCCAUACCCCAGAAGUUACUACAGCUGCACUAAUCUAAAAUGCAAUGUACGGAAGCAUGUGGAAAGAGCAUCGGAUGAUCCAAGAGCUUUCAUUACAACAUAUGAAGGUAAACAUAACCAUAAGAUGCCACUUAGGAACACCAAUCAUGCAGCCGCCACCUCUGAUCCCGAUUCCAAUUCGCCUGCAAUCAAAGACGAGCGAUGAGGACUUCGUAUUUGGUCUCGAGAAAGGCUCCGAUCAAGGGCACCAAGAGGCAUAUCGAGGAGAUCGAUUACCAAGCUGACGGUAUACAACUUUCUCCUACAAAAGUUGCUUUAUGAAGGCCAGUUUUCCGGACUUCCUGCCUUCAGCUUAUUGCAUAAUUUUUAUUUUUAUGAAUAAUUUAAUUUUCCCAUCAUAUAAUAACCGAAAACUUUGCACAUCUAAUGUCUCAUAUAUCAUUAGCAAUACUGUCUUGUUUCAGUUUUUCUAGAUCCUAAACUCUCGGGUUAUUGUUAUGCCAGUCAUUUAUGUAGCUUA